CUCCGAUGCGCCUCAGCACCGUGGUCGUGGCCGUCGCCGGCGUCGCCGCGCGCUACGUCGAGCCCGACCGCUGCACUGCGAUUCUCGUCGGCGCCAAGGCGUCGACGACCGGUGCGCCCAUGACGACGCACUCGAAUGACUGCGGCAACUGCGACUUUCGCUUGAUCAAGAUCCCAGCCAUGAACCACACGCCCGGCUCGCUGCGCGACGUGACGCUGCUUCGCCAAGAGUACCCGCGCUAUGUUGGCGAGAACCGUGGGCCUGCAUACACACGUGCAAACCUCGAGACGGCCUUCUACAACUGGUCGUCAUCGCCGACCAUCGGUCGCAUUCCUCAAGCAAACGCAACGUUCGGGUACUUCGAAGGCGUCUACGGCAUCAUGAACGAGCACCAGCUGAGCAUGGGCGAGAGCACGUGCGGAGCCAAGCUCUGGGCCAAGCCCGUGUCUCAUGGCGGGAAAGCGCUCUUGGAUAUCACCGAGCUCGGGCGGAUUGCGCUCGAGCGCACGACGACGGCGCGCGACGCCAUUGUGCUCAUGGGCCACCUGGCCGAGACCUACGGGUACUAUGGGGCAUCGUGGGAAGGCGACGACGUGUACGAAGAGGCCGGCGAAGCGCUCACGAUCACGGACACGACCGAAGCGUGGAUGUUUCACAUUCUGCCCGAUGACACGGGCGCGUCGGCGGUGUGGGUCGCGCAGCGCGUGCCCGACGACCACAUCACGGCGAUCGCCAACCAGUUUGUGAUUCAUAGCGUCAACUUGAGCGACAGCAAGCACUUUCUCGGGUCGUCCAACAUGCUGGAGGUCGCGAGUCGCAAUGGGUUUUGGGACGGGACCGAAGCCUUUGACUUCACCGUCGCGUACGCGCUGCAGCAGCACGACCCCGAGCAGUACGGCUACACGCGGCGCGUGUGGCGCGUCUUUUCGCUGGCGAAUCCCAACGUCACGCUCAGCCCGUACACGGACGUCUACUCGCGCAGCUACCCGUUCUCGAUUCCGAUCGAGACGCCCUUGUCGCCGCAAGACCUCAUGCGCAUCCAGCGCGACCACUACGAGGGCACACCGUUUGACUUGACGCAAGGCCCGGGCGCGGGCCCGUACGGGUCGCCCGAUCGCUUCCGCGUCGGCCCGGACGCGGCAGGCGGCCAAUUUGAGCGCUCGAUCGGCAUCUACCGCGCCACGUACACGUUCGUGACGGUACCUGACGCGGCAGAUCCGAUCCAGAGUCUCUUUUGGUUUGGCCCCUAUGCACCGCACGCCACGGCGUAUGCACCGGUGUACGCGCACAUUGAUGCGGUCCCGCGCGGCCUCUCCCGGGGCACGCUCCGGCAGUACGAUCCGAGCUUCACCUUUUGGGCCAACGCUGUCGUCGGCAACUACGCGAGUCGCUUCUACAAGUUUGCACAUCCGGUCGUCGCAAGCGUUCAAGCCGUCUUUGAAGCCAGCGCGUUUGCCGCGCAAACUGGUAUCCAGCGCGAGGCCAAAGCGCUUUUGGCGUCGCAGGGCCACGCCGCCGCCGCCGCCUUCCUCACCAACGCGACGACAACGUGGACGGACGCGGCGCGCGCUGCGUUCCACGCGCUCUUGCCGACGCUCGUCACGUCGUUCCACGACGGCUACAUCAUGAGCGCCUUUGACCAAGAGGACAUGACGGUGCGCGCGAUGGGAUACCCAAAGUGGUACCUCGAGAGCGUCGGGUACUACGACGGCAACACAGAUGUGCCAAGCUCAGAGGUUGUCUCGGGCGCCGUGAUCUUUGUCCUCGUCGUCGUCGCCCUUGGCAGUGUUGCACUAGGGUAUGCCAUUGGCCGUCGCAGCCACCGCGUUAAGCGCGGCUACGUCCACCUGCAGUAGCGAGACGGGUAGCAAUAAUAACAAACACGACGUUUGGGUCGAAAUA